AUGUUGUUCUCACGUCUGUUUGCCCUGUCAUCCGCACUUUCUGUAGCCGUUGCCCAGUAUAAGGGCUUCAAUUACGGCAAUGUUUUCAUGAACGGCGCUCCGAAGCAGCAGGUCGACUUCGAGAAUGAAUUCAACACGGCUAAGAACCUUAUUGGCACCUCCGGCUUCACCAGUGCCCGUCUUUAUACCAUGAUCCAGGCCGGAACCGCCAACACCCCAAUCUCAGCCAUCCCGGCCGCCAUCAACACGCAGACCUCUCUACUGCUUGGCCUUUGGGCGUCUGCUGGUCAAGGCAGCUUUGAUAAUGAGGUCGCGGCUCUCCUCGCCGCCAUUGCACAAUAUGGCACUGCCUUCACCGACCUCAUUGCCGGCAUCUCCGUCGGCAGCGAGGACCUCUACCGCAUAUCGCCUACCGGUAUCAUAAAUCUGUCUGGUGCUGGUGCCAACCCUGACACACUAGUCAGCUACAUCAACCAGGUCCGAAGAGCCAUUGCCGGCACUGCUGCGGCCAGCAAGUCUAUUGGCCAUGUCGACACCUGGACUGCAUUCGUGAACGGCUCCAAUAACGCUGUGAUCAGCGCAUGCGACUGGCUUGGGAUGGACGCGUACCCGUACUUCCAGAACACCCAGGCGAAUUCGAUCGAAAACAGCUACGAGCUCUUCUUCGAAGCGUACGAUGCUACCGUCGCCGUUUCUCAGGGCAGGCCCGUGUGGGUAACUGAGACAGGCCAUCCCGUGAGCGGUCCGCAACAGAACGAGGCUGUCGCCAACCUUGCCAACGCAGAAAGGUAUUGGGAGGAAGUCGGUUGCGCUCUCUUUAACAACAUCAAUACGUGGUACUACACCCUCCAGGAUGCUGCUCCGGAUGUUCCCAGCCCCAGCUUCGGCAUCGUUGGCUCGACCUUGAGCACCACGCCACUCUUCGACCUGAGUUGCCCCGCAGGCUCACCCGGUGCCGGAUCGGGCUCGAUUCCGUCCAGCUCGGCCGCUUCAUCGCCGGCCAGCAGCGCGACUAGCGCUUCCGCACCCAGCUCUACCGCUAGCGUCCCCUCAGCAUCCGGCACCACAGAAACAGCCGUCACCGCAAUCACGCCCGUUCCCGGCCCGUCGCUUGCUCCCAGCGGUUCCGUCUCAUCCGCUAUCCCAAGCUCCGCUGCUCCAAGCCAGCCAGCAGGCAGUCCAUCAGCCGGGACCACCCAAGCCCCAAGCGCCGCACCCUCCACCCUGAUAACCGUCACCCAGCCCGCCACCUCGUUACCAGCACCCUCAAGCUGCCCAACGACCCUAACAACCCCCUUCGAAUAUCCCCACCUCAUCGUCCCCGUCGACGCCUCCCAGCCCAACCGCGCCUUCGGCACGAGCUACAACGGCCGCUUCUCGCCCGCAAUCUCCACCCUCUUCAACUUCGACAUCCCGGCCGCGUAUGCUGGGCGGACGUGCUCGCUCGUCUUCUUGCUGCCGAGCAGGGAGCAGCUCGUCAGCUCGAGCUUUACGCUGAGCGGUGCGGGCGGGUUGGUUGUGGAUGCGUUGGCGGUGCCGGCGACGGAGGGGACGAGCUUUGCGAUUGUGCCGGCGGGGACGAGGAUUGGUGGCGUGGAGAGCGUGAGGCCGGGGAAUGGGUGGGUGGUGGCUAGUGGGGCUUGUAGGGCGGGGGAGAGGGUGGGGUAUAGAGUUGGUGCUACGGGGGGGCUAGAUCUAGAGUAUUUCCAGAAUUCUGCGAUGGCGCCGAUUGGGUUGUAUGUUACGGUUUGUUAG